CAGAGACCGAGUGAGAACCGUUGCACAUGACGGAGAGCGCGCGGGUGCGCGCGAGCCGCCGAGCGAGACUCAACAGUUCUUCAGUUAAGGAGGUGUUGUUGGCUUCGAGGCAGCGUGCGGGCGCGCGCGUGUGAGGCGCUGCUGCUGUGUGCGGGGACCGAGGCGGCGCCUGUGGAGCCUUUUUGGCUGUACGAACAGCAUCAGCAUUGUCCCUGCCUGGAGGAAACCGAGGCAUAGAAGCCGAGGAGGAGCAGGAGAAGGGAAGCGCACGCGGGGUGGGCGGGCGAGCGAGCGCUUAUCUCUUUUUGAGGACUAGCUUGCCUUAGUGUAUCUGCAGAGGGGCAUAUUUCCCCCCCUUAACCCUUUGACUGCUGACAACUGGGCACUUUUAACGCAUACACACGCAUCCCUCCUUUUUGGUGGGGUGGGUUAUCCUCCCCCCCCCCCACUCUUUUAACAACUGUAGUGAAAUAUUUUGAGGAAACGAUAAGCGCAGUCCUCCUCUCUACAGUUUUGAUAUUAAAAAAAACUCCAUCCAUCAUCAAAAGCUCCCAGGAUGGGCUGCACCCUGAGCGCAGAGGACAAGGCGGCGGUGGAAAGGAGUAAGAUGAUCGACAGAAACCUGAGGGAGGAUGGCGAGAAAGCAGCCAGAGAAGUCAAGCUGCUGCUCCUCGGAGCGGGCGAAUCAGGAAAAAGUACAAUCGUCAAACAAAUGAAAAUUAUUCAUGAAGCUGGUUAUUCAGAAGAAGAAUGCAAACAGUACAAAGCCGUUGUCUACAGUAAUACAAUUCAGUCAAUUAUAGCUAUCAUCAGAGCAAUGGGGAGGUUGAAGAUAGACUUUGAGGACUCUGCCAGGGCAGAUGAUGCUCGACAACUCUUUGUUCUAGCUGGAGCGGCAGAGGAAGGCUUUAUGACAACAGAACUUGCUGGAGUUAUUAAGAGAUUGUGGAAGGACAGUGGUGUUCAAGCUUGUUUCAACAGAUCAAGGGAGUAUCAGCUUAAUGACUCCGCAGCAUACUAUUUAAAUGACUUGGACAGGAUAGCCCAGACUAGUUACAUCCCAACACAACAGGAUGUCCUCCGGACUAGGGUGAAAACAACAGGAAUAGUGGAGACUCAUUUUACUUUCAAGGAUCUCCAUUUUAAAAUGUUUGAUGUAGGUGGUCAACGAUCAGAACGGAAAAAAUGGAUUCACUGCUUUGAGGGAGUUACAGCCAUAAUUUUUUGUGUGGCACUUAGUGAUUAUGACUUAGUCCUUGCUGAAGAUGAAGAAAUGAAUAGAAUGCAUGAAAGCAUGAAAUUAUUUGACAGCAUCUGCAACAAUAAGUGGUUUACAGACACAUCUAUUAUUCUCUUCUUAAAUAAGAAGGAUCUCUUUGAAGAAAAAAUCAAAAGGAGUCCUCUUACUAUUUGUUACCCAGAAUAUGCAGGAUCAAAUACAUAUGAAGAGGCAGCUGCAUAUAUCCAGUGUCAAUUUGAGGAUCUGAACAAGAGAAAAGAUACAAAGGAAAUCUAUACUCAUUUCACAUGUGCCACAGAUACUAAGAAUGUGCAAUUUGUCUUUGAUGCUGUAACUGAUGUCAUAAUAAAGAAUAACUUAAAAGACUGUGGGUUAUUCUAAAGUUUGCAUCACAUUGCUUUGGGGGCGGGGGAGGGAUGGCAUUAACCAAAUGAAGGACACAUCAUUUUUUUAAGACCAUGAAUAUGUUUAUGCAAAUGUGUUUAUUUAUGUAAUCUACUUUUCCUGGUCUUAGGUUAGGUUGAAGAAUCAGUUCACAAACUCAGACCUGCUGUUUUGUGAUAACAGAGGCAAAAUAGCCAGACCAGUAUAGUACUUGCUUGUUUAAACAGCUUUAUUUAUGUUUGUUGUAUAGAUUUAAAUAAUAUUAGGCAACAAUAAAAAUAUCUUGAUUGCCUGUUUACUUGUGACUGUAUAUGUAUGUUUAUAUAAACAUUGAACAGAAUAUUUUAAUAACUUGAUGAGUCCUAUAGAGUUUCCAUAUUUUAAGAACUGCUUUUUAUGUAGGACAUACAUGUUUUGCCUUUUGGAUUUUUCAUUUUUAAACAACACUUUUUAAAAAUAUUAAUUUUCCAUAUUGUGCAUGUUGCCUUAUUCUUUCUUUUAGUUUUUCUUUAUAGAUUAUAAUUAGUAUGGUAGGCUUUAUGUUGUAUAAAGCAUCUUUCAUGCUUGCUCAGGAUUAAAUGGGAAAUGAUGCAACA